AAGUGUUCUAUUCUAUUGAUAAAAAUUUCAUCGUUAGACAUCUGUUUUUAAUAAACUCUCAAAAUUAUGUAAUUUUUUAUUUAUAUUCAAAAAACUGUUAUUAAUAAUAAUUAACAAGUAAUUAAAAUUUACUAAAAUACAUCGGAGUAAUUUCUAACCCCAGAAAACAUGGGUGGACAUGGAGAUCAUCAUGGAGAUCAUCAUGGACCUCCGAAAGAUCCAUACCGAGUACCAAAGGCUGAGGAAUACGCCAAAAUUGAAUCCCCAGAACUGAUCGAGCUUCAGCAACGUCUAGCCAAACAUGGUCUCAAAGAUCCCUGGAUGAGGAACUACAAUUGGACAUACCACAAAAGAUAUGGAAGUGGUUGGGGUCGGAUGGGAAAAAUGAUGUUUCGUGGUGUUCCAUUAGGAGUAGGUCUUUUUGCCGCAACUCUUGGUAUUGAACAAGUUUUUGGUAUUGAUUGGCAUGCACACCAUCAUGCACACGAAGAAGGUCAUAAUGAGACUCAUCACUGAGUUAUAAAACACUCGUGUUAAAUAAUAUUUAAUAUAAAAGUGAUUCAACUUAUUGUUGAUGGUGGUGUAGUUGAUAGGUAUGUAACUGUUUAAAUAAAUCGAUAAAGCUGGUAAAAAGUUA